AUGGGGGAGAGCAGGGGCCACCCUGACGAUCAAGGAAACGUCAUAAAAAUUGAGGAUGAGGUUGUUGUGCGCAAACCGAACUACCAAAGGUAUGAUGGGCUUGAACAUAAUUCCCAUAAUUAUACUAAUGAUGUAGAAUAUAGCCAGACUGGAAUAACUCAGGCCUCUGAGGACCUCCUGAGGGAACACUACAUUGACCUGAAGGACCGGCCGUUCUAUGACGGGCUGGUGCAGUACAUGCACUCGGGACCUGUUGUAGCUAUGUGUGCUUUUGUCUAUGCUCACAAUCUGUUUACUUUGUUUCCAGGGCUCAUCACAAUAAAAGAAGCCCAUGAUAUAGAAGCCAGGCUUAAUGAAGUGGAAAAGCUUCUGAAGACUAUUAUAAACAUGCCCUGGAAGUAUUCAAGAUCUGAAGUUGUCCUUACGUUCUUUGAGAGAUCUCCUUUGGACCAAGUUCUAAAAAAUGACAAUGUCCAUAAAAUUCAGCCAAGCUUUCAAAGUCCAGUUAAGAUAUCAGAAAUCAUGCGAUCGAAUGGAUUUUGUUUAGCCAACACUGAAACAAUAGUCAUUGACCACAGUAUACCCAAUGGAAAGGAGAAGCACCUGGAUGUAGAUUCAGCAGAACACUUGUUUGAAAGUGUAAGUGACUUUACCUCAGAGCUAGAAGACAGUGAUGAUCCAACAGCUUAUGUCACCAAUCUGACAUACUACCACCUGGUCCCAUUUGAGACUGAUAUUCUGGACUGAGGCUGCUCAGUGACACAGUCAGCCAG